AUGUCGACCCCUCAAGCGACCGAAACCAUGACGUCCCGACAUCCCCGUCGCGGCCGGGUUCUCAACUCACCUCCAUCUUUACUCGCUUCGGCAGAUGCGCAGUCGGCUUCUCGACCCCGUCUUCGAUUGAAGAAGGCAGAGACCUUCCACCACACCUCCUCUCCGCCUAAGAACGGUCUGCUUGACCUACCACUCUUGCCUCGCUCUCCAACCUGCCCCGGAGCCCUGCAGGCUAUUGCGGCUGGUCAAGAGCGUAUGUCCAAGAUCCUGGGUCGCCUCGAACUCGGUUCCCGUACGCGGAGCCUGCUUGACGAGGAUGAUGAACUUCCCGUACCCAAGGGUCACCUGGAAGACCACCUGCAGCGGUUGAAGUUGAGCAAGGAAGAUCUUGACCAGCGAUUUGCCAAAUCGAAACGCUCGUCUCCACGAGAACCCUCGUCGAAAACCCGCAGAGCGCACUGCCACGCUUCCGACAGUGGGCUGGGAAGCUCGAUCAGCAGCCGUCAGUCCACGUCUUCGCAGCAAGGUUGGUUCUCAUCGCCCAAUAUCUCUACCUGUCGGGUAGAUCUGACCCAUCCUGCAGACAAAGUCGGACAGUCGUCCUCCAAGACCCAGACACAGUCCGCAGUUACUAGCUCCACCGUGGCUACUGAACAUGAAGCCACACCUAAGCACAAGCUCAGUGCGGCCUCUUGUCUGGAGAUUGAGAACCGUAUCUUGAAGCCUCUCCUGGGGUCGGAGCCAUGCAAGCCCUUCCGUCACAUCGUCGAGGGUGCUCGUAAGCAGAUCGAGAGCGAAAAGAUCGGGACUUUGCGUGACCUCGAGAAGGCGCUGCUCUACGUAGCCGCAGAUGUCGAUGUGGAACUCAGCUUCUACUAUCAGUUUUGCAACUCUACCAUCUUGUGUCUUCACGAGACUUAUACCACUAUCAACCCUCGUGACCUGUGCAUGCCGACCGACCUGCCUUAUAGCAACUCUUAUUUCCUUGAUCUUACCGCCCAGGUUCACCGUUUCAAGGCCAUGAGAGAUGAGGCUCGCAAGCACAAGAAGGAGACACCAAAGCUUGUCGUGGAAGGCGGCAUGGCUGCAACCGGACGUCCUCUCGAGCUCGUUGUCGAAAAGGAUGGCGAGAUGAUCUCUUUAGAGACUGGAAAGCCCUACGAUGCGCAUUCCGUGAAGCGGACUUUGAGUCUGGGAGCCACCGAUGAGGGCGCCAGGCGCUCUAUGGCUCGACGCAAGAAGAACGCCCCACCCAUGAACAUCAACACCAAAUGCUCUCACUGUGACAAGAUUUUCCAGAGACCCUGUGACCUGACCAAACACGAGAAGACCCACUCGCGACCUUUCAAGUGCCCGUUUGAGGGAUGCAAGUACUAUGAGCUCGGCUGGCCCACCGAGAAGGAGAACGAGCGCCACAUCAACGACCGGCACUCCGUCACUCCUCGCAUGUAUGCAUGCACCUUCAAUGGAUGCUCAUACAAGUCUAAGCGAGAGAGUAACUGCAAGCAGCACAUGGAGAAGGCCCACGGCUGGAACUAUGUGCGCGCCAAGAACAAUGGACGCAAUGCAAAGCGCCGUACCUCCCCGGUGCAAGCCAGCCCUGCCCAGGAGAGUGUUGCCCAGCCGAGCCCGCAACAACCGAGCCCCGGUCAAGCGAGCUCUGUUCCUCUCGCACCGCCGCAGAUGACUCCUCUGCAGAUGAGCCCUGAUCACAUAAGUACACUUCCAAUGAUUCCAGACCACCUGGACCCUUUGCACAUGAGCCCCGAGCACUACAGCCCGGAGAGCUACAACCCUGAGCAUUACAGUCCGGAGCAGUACAGCCCCACCACUCAGAUGCACUCUGCUCAAUUGAGUCCUGCUCCGAUAAGCUCCGGCCAACUCAGUCCUGCUCAAGUGAGUCACACCCAAGUGAGCACUCCUGCAUCGGGCCCUAUCCAGUCGCCAACUGGAUUUAUGAACAACUAUGCGCAAAGCCAGAUGUUUCAGCUGCAAGACCCUUUCACCCAGCUGAAGAAUGAGGACUGUCUUUUGUACAUGGACAAUGACUUCGCCGCGUUCAACAACGGAACGUCUGGCUUUUUCGAGGAUGCCUCCUUCGGCUACGCGGACCCAAUGUACCAACCAGGCCCAGUCGAUAUGAGUGCAAUCGAAGCCUUGUGCGAUGAUCCCUACAUGAACAACAUGUUCCUGGACACUUUUGGCACUGGGACCGGAACCGGUACCGAUGAGAGCAUGUUCCCUUCGUUCAACCAAGGAGGCAUGCCUCCAUUUUAG